AUAGUACUAGUAAAUAGAAGAAGAAACAAUGAAAGUACUAUUAAGAUCUGCAAGUGUUAGCCUAGGUAAUACAUCUAUCGUCUUCUUGUCUUUCUUCAGUUCCGGUCCCACACCGUUCUAAUACAGUUAAUAGCCGCCCAGACCCUGAGACCCCCAACCCAAGUUCACUGUCAAAGUGUAAUACCCAGAAAACUCAAUCAAUCCACCUUAUUCAAUAAUGGAGGAUGAGAAACAACAGCAACAACAUCAAAAACAUCCAGAAGAAGAGGAACAGAAACAACAACAACAACAACAACAUCAAGAAGAAGAAGAAAAACAGCAACAAAAAGAACAACAAAACCAAGGGGAAGAAGCAGAAAAUAAGCAAAACCAUGCAGUGUUACAAUUUCUAUUAAACAAGAGGUCAACACCACCAUCUGAUCAUUCUCCUGUUGACUCUCCACUUUCAUCUGACCACUCUUCUCUCAGCCACGGCUUCUCUCCACCACCCCCAACAUCUCAACCUUCUGACCACAACUCCAAGCCACCAGCUGUAACAGUUUCCAGGGCGGAGUUCACAUCUAGAGACCAGUCAAUUGCUACUACUGUUGAAGUUGAAGAGCAGAGUCAAAAACUUGGUUCUGGCAGUGGUAAAAGUUUGAGGCCUGAUUUGUCCAUAUUAAGAAGAACCAAGAGAGAUAAGAUGGUAAGAAAGGCUUUGUUGGGGUUUAGGAUUUCUGGGUUUGCUUUUUGUUUGGUUUCUUUCUCUGUUUUAGCUGCUGAUAAAGAUCAAGGUUGGGCUAUUGAUUCUUUCUACCACUACAAGGAGUUCAGAUACUGUAUGGCAGUGAAUGUGAUAGGAUUUGUGUACUCUGGGAUUCAGGCAUAUGAUCUAGCCUACCAACUGACCUCCGGAAAACAGAAACCCCGGAGUCGCCUCCGGUGUUUCUUAGAUUUCGUUUUGGAUCAGAUGCUGGCUUAUCUUCUCAUAUCAGCAUCAUCUUCAGCUACUGUCCGAGUUGAUGACUGGCAAUCCAACUGGGGAAAAGACAAGUUCCCGGAGAUGGCAAGGGCCUCUACGGCAUUGUCCCUGGUAGCAUUUAUUGCCUUAGCCUUAAGCUCACUUAUAUCUGGUUAUACUCUUUCUACUUUCAAAUCUAUGUAGCCUAUAACACUUCUGGGACCUACGUAUUAGGUGUGUAAAGAUUAAAUUGUUUGAAAACAGCAUGUACUGGAACCAAGUGGUAGGGGACUCAGUUUAGAACAAUGAAGCAUUGAAUUGUGUACAGAAAGUUUCCCUUACUUCACUUGGAAUAUGUGUAAAACAAAGAUGAUGAAUGAUUUCGAAUUUUCAACAAGUUUGGUUAGCAGAUCCCUGUGAACUUAAUAUUUAUGCUUUCACAUUUCUGCAAUGAUACGAGGUUAGAGUAGGGGGUGGGCUCAAGAAUAUAGGUCUGCUGCCAUGCCAUGUCCAGGUCCAAGUUCCCACCUUAGGCCCACCUCAUUGCCGGUAAGGGGGAGUAGGCUCAAUUGACCAUAAACGAGGGCCAGGCUGAAUUGACCACAAAGAAUGAGCCAGGCUGAAGUGACCAUGACUUCUGUUUGUUUGGGUUUGGCCACUUCAAUUGUUAUCACAUUUACAUUCGAAGGGAACAAAAGAAAUCUGAUUUUGCAUUUGCCAAAUUUUUGAAAGGUCAUCAAGGCAUUCUUACAUACCAGAAAAUUGUCGAAGGAACAUGAAAUACGGUGAGCGUAUAUUAGAUAAAUGAAGGCAGUGAAAGGUGAGCGUGCUGUGACAAUAUAUAGUGCUGUGACUCCAUCAGCUAUCAUAUAUAUAUAUAUAUAUAUUUUUUUUUUCUCUCUUCCAAUGGGUCUAUUUUGGAAUUUGGAGAAACUGAAUCUUUCCUGGAGAGUGAAGGUGAAGGCAGUUAUUGAUCCCAAAGGCAUUUAUCCUUUUUUCUCUCAAAACCCUGGAAGGACUGGCCUAUGUUGACACUGGCAGACUUGCAGGAGAAUUGGUCAUGUAUCCAAUCCAAGAAGAGAAUUAAUUUAAAUGUAAUUUCUCGUUGUUUUUUUCCGUUUUUUGGCCAGUUUUCUUGUUGAGCAGCUUUAUACAAUUUUAAUAGAAGAGUCUAAUCA